CUCGGGGGCGGCGCAGUCCCGGCGCGGGGCUGGGUUUGGGUGAUCCCAGGGUGAUCCCGGGCUGGUUUUCCCUUUUUGUCUGCUCUGUCCUGGCUCCAGAGGAGCAGUGAAAGGAGGGGGAAGGAGCUGGGGCCCUCGUGACUCUGGGGAUUGGGAAAGCCAGCAAUCCAGCUGGGAAAUAAACAGGGGUGUUGGGAAAGAGCCCUGGCCCAGGUGUGGAGCAGGUGGUUGGGUUGCUGGGCUGGAGCCCGGCCAGGAGCCUGCUCCUACUCAGCUUUCCUCCCCAGGAGCCUGCUCCUCACUCAGUUCUCCUCCCCAGGAGCCUGCUCCUCACUCAGUUUUCCUGCCAAGAAUUCAGUUCCUCACCCAGUUUUCUUCCCCAAAGUUCAGUUCCUCACUCAGUUUUCCUGCCCAGAAUUCCCUUCCUUGCUCAGUUUCCCUCCUCAGGAGCCUUUUCCUCACUCAGUUUUCCUGCCCAGAAUUCCCUUCCUUGCUCAGUUUCCCUCCUCAGGAGCCUUUUCCUCACUCAGUUUUCCUGCCCAGAAUUCCUGUUGGCUCAGUUUUCCUGCCCAGCUGGCUGGGCAGAGCUGGGCUGGGAGGGGUUUGGUUUUCCUGCUCGAGCCAGGACCGUUGGGAAGGCCGGGAUGCCAUUCCAGGCCCCGGGAGCUGCUGCUGUGCCCGUGGCACAUCCCGGGUUCCGUGGGGCUGGUCCAUGUGCCCAGGUCCUUCCAGGGUCAAGGAAUAGGGGGUCAGUGCUCAUCCAUGUCCCCGGGUCCUUCCAGAUCUAUGGAAUGCAGGUGUCAAUGGUGGUUCCAUGACCUCAGUCCUUGCAGGUCCAUGGAAUGGGGCUGUCAGUUGUGUUCCAUGUCCCCAGGUCCUUGCAGGUCCAUGGAAUGGGGCUGUCAGUGUUAAUUCCCAGCCUUGGCUCCUUCCAGGUCCAUGGAAUGGGGCUGUCAGUGCUGAUCCAUGUCCCCAGGUCCUUCCAGCAUGGCUCUGCCCUCCCAGCCGGACACCAGGAGCCGCUGGCAUUGCUGCAGCAGGGAUUGGGGUCGGGAUUGGGAUCAGGAUCAGGAUUGGGAUCAGGGUUGGGAUCAGGAUCAGGAUCGGGAUCGGGAUUGGGAUCAGGAUUGGGGUCGGGAUCAGGAUCAGGGUCAGGAUCGGGAUUGGGAUCAGGAUUGGGGUCGGGAUUGGGAUCAGGAUCAGGAUUGGGAUCAGGGUUGGGAUCAGGAUCAGGAUCGGGAUCGGGAUUGGGAUCAGGAUUGGGGUCGGGAUCAGGAUCAGGGUCAGGAUCGGGAUUGGGAUCAGGAUUGGGAUUGGGAUCAGGAUCAGGAUUGGGAUCAGGGUUGGGAUCAGGAUCGGGAUCGGGAUCGGGAUCAGGAUUGGGGUCGGGAUCAGGAUCAGGAUUUUGAUCGGGGUCGGGCUGUGGGGAGCGCAGCGAGCGCCGCAGGCACAGAGCCGGAGGUGGUGGAGCAGCAGGCCCUGGCAAUGCCAUGCCCGUGUCCCUGCCUGUUCCCGGCAUCCAUCCCCAGGGGAAAGCCCCGCUCUGGGCUGGGCUGGCGGCUCGACCUUGGAGGUGCCAGAGGGACACGGGGCCGAAGGCCGCCCCUCCUCUGCCGGGGAUUCCCAGCCGGGAUGGGAUCGCUGGGUGCUGGCCUUGUGCAAGGUCACUGCUGGAGGCUCCGCCGCCCUUCCCGGCUCGGGGAUUCCUGCCGAGGCAGGGAAACCGGGCUCGGAUCUUGGGAAUUCGGGCGAGGCCUCCCCGGGCCCGGCUGUGCCGGGAGGGGAACCCGGGGAUGGGGAGGGGCGGGUGGGGGAGGGCUGCGGCCGCACCUUCCCAGUCCGGCCCUUCCUCAUCCGCCCCCGUCCUCGGGGCUCUUUGCCUUAAUUUCCCCUGAUCCCGGUUUUCCUCCAUCCCCUCUCCCUCCAGGGCUCUGUUUUCCAUGAUUUCCCCUCCAAUUCCAGCUUUUCCUCCAUCCCCUCAGGGCUCUUUUCCAUGAUUCUCCCCCAAUCCCCAAUCCCGGGUUUUCCUCCAUCCCUGUCACUCUCAGGGCUCUGUUUUCCAUUUUUUACCCCCAAUCCCAGUUUUUCCUCCAUCCCUGUCACUCUCAGGGCUCUGUUUUCCAUUUUUUACCCCCAAUCCCGGGUUUUCCUCCAUCCCUGUCACUCUCAGGGCUCUGUUUUCCAUUUUUUACCCCCAAUCCCGGGUUUUCCUCCAUCCCUGUCACUCUCAGAGCUCUGUUUCCCAUUUUCCCCCCCGAUCCCGGUUUUCCUCCCCCCGGGGCUGUUCUCCCGUUCCCGGAGCCGCUCCGGGAAAUCCCGUCCGUCCCUGCCCGGCCCGGUCCCGCCGGGCUCGCCGCUCCCGCGUUCCCAUUCCGGGGGUUUCGGGGUGCGAUUUUCCACCGGGGGCCGCGGGUCCCCCCGGGAGUGCCGGGAGCUCCGCCUGGGGCUGCGGGCGGCUCCGGGGCCGGCCUGGAAAUUUUUCCAUGACUUUUCCCGGCACGUUGCGACUCGCGGUGGGUUGUGCGCGGUCCAGGCGCGACCUUGCCGGGGGAAUACGGGCGAUAUAAAUAAUUUCGGGAAGCUGGAACUCGCUCCGGGAAUGCUGUGCGGGGUUUUUUUU